GUUGAACUUGUUGCGAAGCACAGUGGUCCAUGAGUGCAUCCGUGCGCGCGCGCGAGAGAGAGAGAGAGUGUGUGGGUGCGUGUAGCAUAUGCGCGCACGGCAGUGGCUCACCUAGCAGCAGCAAGAGUCUGCCCGCAUGCGGGCUCGAACCGGAGGCGAACUGCGCAGAGAUGCGGCGCACAUAGACGCGCCACGCCGCCCCCCCCCCCGCUGCCCCAUCACGGUUCUCGGAACCCGUUAAGCUAAUAGUUGGCGUUUGUUUGUAAAUGGCGGCGCUGGAGCGGAGGUGAGCCGUUGCGUCGUUCGGUCCACUCGCUCGGCCGGCGGACCCGCAGACUGCGCACUGUUCUUUCCGCCUCUCGCUUUCUUUCUUUUUUGUUCCCUUUUGUCGUCGACUAUCUUGUAACAACAAGGAGCCAUGACUUCUGGGCAGGAUGAGAGCUCCGUGCGCGUGGCGCUGAGGAUUCGUCCACAGCUGGCCAGGGAGAAGAUCGAGGGAUGUCACAUCUGCACGUACGUGAUGCCCGGGGAGCCCCAGGUGAUCCUGGGCAAAGACAAGUCCUUUACGUACGACUACAUGUUCGACAUGGACUCCCAGCAGGAGGCCGUGUACGCCAGCUGCACGGAGAAGCUGAUCGAGGGCUGCUUUGAGGGCUACAACGCCACCGUCUUUGCGUAUGGACAGACGGGCUCCGGGAAGACCUACACCAUGGGGACGGGCUUUGACAUGAACAUCACUGAUGAGGAACUGGGCAUCAUCCCGCGCGCCGUGCACCACCUCUUCAGGGGCAUCGAGGAGCGGCGCCGGGCGGCGCAGGAGCAGGGCCGCCCGGCGCCCGAGUUCAAGAUCAACGCCCAGUUCCUGGAGCUCUACAAUGAGGAUGUUCUGGACCUGUUUGACUCCACGCGAGACAUGAAGCAGAAAUCGCACAUCAAGAUCCACGAGGACGCCGCUGGGGGAAUCUACACCGUGGGAGUGACCACGCGGGCCGUGUCCUGCGAGGCCGAGAUGAUGCAGUGCCUGAAGCUCGGUGCUCUGUCCCGCACCACGGCCAGCACUCAGAUGAACGUCCAGAGCUCCCGAUCGCACGCCAUCUUCACCAUCCACCUGUGCCAAGUGCGCGUCUGUGCCUCCGACAAUCAAGAAAGCGAGAGCAACAACAGGGUGUCCAACGGAAACUCUGAGGUGGACGAGUACGAGACGCUGACGGCCAAGUUUCACUUCGUGGACCUCGCCGGAUCAGAGAGGCUGAAGAGGACCGGGGCGACGGGCGACCGGGCCAAAGAGGGCAUCUCGAUCAACUGUGGCCUGCUCGCUCUGGGGAAUGUAAUCAGCGCUCUGGGUGACCGCAGCAAGCGCUCCUCUCACGUGCCUUACAGGGACUCCAAACUGACCCGCCUACUGCAGGACUCGUUAGGAGGGAACAGCCAAACAGUGAUGAUCGCCUGCAUCAGCCCGUCCGACCGGGACUUCAUGGAGACGCUUAACUCGCUCAAAUAUGCCAACCGGGCGAGGAACAUCAAGAACAAGGUGAUGGUGAACCAGGACAAGGCCAGCCAGCAGAUCAGCGUCCUCAGGACGGAGAUCGCUCGCCUGCAGAUGGAGCUGAUGGAGUACAAGACGGGUAAACGCCUGACGGGCGAAGACGGCGCGGAGAGCUUCAGCGACAUGUUCCACGAGAACUCCAUGCUGCAGACAGAGAACGGCAACCUGAGGGUUAGGGUGAAGGCAAUGCAGGAGACCAUCGACGCUCAGAGGGCGCGGCUCACCCAGCUGCUCAGCGACCAGGCCAACCAGACCAUCACCAGGGCGGGUGAAGGGGCUUCUGAAGAAAUCGGAAACAUGAUUCACGGUUACAUCAAAGAGAUUGAAGAUCUCCGAGCCAAACUGCUGGAGAGCGAAGCCGUGAACGAGAACCUGAGGAAGAAUCUGUCUCGCGCCUCCAACCGGCAGUCCCUGUACGGGGCCCCCUCGCUGCUGGCCCCCGAGAAAGAGACCUCUGACAUCAUCGAGCUUGCCAAGAAGGACCUGGAGAAACUGAAGAAGCGAGAAAAAAAGAAAAAGAAAAGACUCCAGCAUCUGUUGGAGGAGAGAGAGCGGGAGGAAAGGGAGGAGGAGGUGGAAGAGGUUGAUGACGCCAGUGCCGGCAAGGAGGAGGUUCCCGACAACGAGCAGGAGAAGGGCGCUGAGAAGGAAUCCACCGAGCGAGUCCCCGAGGAGGCAGACACUGAGGUCCAGGAAGGCAGCGACCAUGAGGAAGGAGAGGAGGAAGAGGAGGAGGAAGAAGAGGAGAUGGACGUGGAGGAGAGCUCUGAUGAUUCCGACUCGGAGACGGAUGAAAAAGAGAACUUCCAGGCUGACCUGGCCAACAUCACCUGCGAGAUCGCCAUCAAGCAGAAGCUGAUUGACGAGCUGGAGAACAGCCAGCGGCGGCUGCACACGCUCAAGCAGCAGUACGAGCAGAAGCUGAUGAUGCUGCAGUGCAAGAUUAGGGACACGCAGCUGGAGAGGGACCGCGUGCUGCAGAACAUGAAUACAGUCGAAACCGGCACGGACGACAAGUCGCGCAAGAUCAAGGCCGAAUACGAGAAGAAGCUGAGCGUGAUGAACAAGGAGCUCCAGAAGCUGCAGUCGGCGCAGAAGGAGCACGCCCGCCUCCUGAAGAACCAGUCGCAGUACGAGAAGCAGCUGAGGAAGCUUCAGGUGGACGUGGUGGAGAUGAAGAAGACCAAGGUCCGCCUCAUGAAGCAGAUGAAGGAGCAGCAGGAGAAGAACAGGAUGAACGAGUCUCGGCGAAACCGAGAGAUAGCGUCGCUGAAGAAGGACCAGCGCAAGCAAGAGCACCAGCUGAAGCUGCUGGAGGCUCAGAAACGGCAGCAGGAGCUCAUUCUGAGGAGGAAGACCGAGGAGGUGACUGCUCUGAGGAGGCAGGCCAGGCCCACCUCCGGUAAGGUCAUCAGGAAAGAGGCGGUGCAGGACUCCAGCUACAGACCUCCAUCCGGACGCCUGUACUCCUCCGGUAACGCUGCUCCCAAUGGCACGCGGUCGUCCUACAGGCGCACAGUGGGGAUUUACUCCACCAGAAUCGCACGCAACAAAUGGCAGUCUCUAGAACGCCGGAUCACUGACGUCAUCAUGCAGAGGAUGACCAUCUCCAACAUGGAGGCCGACAUGAACCGCCUCCUCAAGCAACGGGAGGAGCUGACCAAGCGCAAAGAGAAGGUCAUUAGGAAGAGGGACCGUCUGCUCAGGGAGGGCCCCGAGGCGGAGAAGGCGGCACUUCCGCUCAACGAGGAAGUGGAUGCUUUGACGGCCAACAUCGACUACAUCAACGACGGCAUCGCCGACUGUCAGGCCAACAUCAUGCAGAUGGAGGAGACCAAGGAGGAAGGCGACACGGUGGAUAUUUCCGCCGUGGUUAGUUCCUGCACGCUGACGGAGGCGCGUUUCCUGUUGGAUCACUUCAUGUCAAUGGCCAUCAACAAGGGCCUCCAGGCCGCCCAGAAGGAGUCCCAGGUGAAGGUGAUGGAGGGUCGGCUGAAGCAGACUGAGAUCACAAGCGCCACGCAGAACCAGCUGCUCUUUCACAUGCUGAAGGAGAAGGCCGAGUUCAACCCGGAGCUGGACGCGCUGCUGGGGAACGCGCUGCAAGAGCUAGGUAACGUCCCGGCCGAGAAUGGAGAUGAUAGCAGCAGUGAUGAGUCUGCUCAGAGCCCGUCUGCAGAGGGAACCACCUUGACAUCGGACCUCGUGAAGCUCUGUGGAGAGACCAAAUCAAGAAAUAAGGCUCGUCGGAGGACCACCACUCAGAUGGAGCUGCUGUACGCCAACAGUGACUCCGCCCCCGACGCGCCCACUGCAGACUUCCCGGGCCCGCUGCUGCUGCCGUUGGCCGAGGCGGCGGCGGACGGGGGAGGUGACGUGGACUCGUCGGGCUCAUCGGUCAGGGACUACGCAGCUCUCUCCCCCGGCUUUUCCUCUAAAAUGGGCAGCAUUUCUGGCUCCAGAACUUCAUCUGGGCUGGAAAAGCGAACUCCGGAGCCUUCCCCACUCGCUCGCAGGAAGACCUACGACAAGGCGGCGGCCGACAGGGCAAAGGUCAAGGAGAUUAAACAGGAGAACGGAUGCCUCCACCUGUCCUCAGACCACCUCGUCCGCUCGGCCUCCCCUCCGCUCUCCCAUCUAUCAAAGGGCAUCAUCAGUCCAGUGCCUCCCACUAAAGGCAGUCGCUCCUCCACACUGCAGUGCGUCCAUGUGGCGGAGGGACACAGCAAAGCCGUGCUCUGCGUCGACUGCACCGAUGACCUCCUGUUCACCGGAUCCAAAGACCGGACCUGCAAAGUGUGGAACCUGGUGACGGGUCAGGAGAUAAUGUCCCUGGCCGGUCACCCCAACAACGUGGUGUCUGUGCGCUACAGCUCCAGUCUGGUCUUCACCGUCUCCACCUCUUACAUCAAAGUCUGGGACAUCCGGGACUCGGCCAAGUGCAUCCGGAUGUUGACGUCCUCCGGUCAGGUUAACGUCGGGGACGUCUGUUCCUCCAACACCAGCCGGACGGUCACCAUCCCGGCGGGAGAGAACCAGAUCAACCAGAUCGCCCUCAACCCCAACGGGACGGUUCUGUACGCCGCCGCCGGCAACUCCGUGAGGGUGUGGGACCUGAGGAGAUUUGCAUCGACGGGGAAGCUAACGGGCCACCUUGGCCCUGUGAUGUGCCUGACUGUGGAUCAGUCUGCGAGCAGCCAGGACCUGGUGAUCUCUGGGUCCAAAGACCACUACAUCAAGCUGUUCGACGUGACCGAGGGAGCUCUGGGGAGCAUCGGCCCAACGCACAACUUUGAACCUCCCCACUACGACGGCAUCGAGUCCCUGGUGGUCCAGGGGGACAUAUUAUUCAGCGGCUCCCGAGACAACGGCAUCAAGAAGUGGGACCUGGACCGCAAAGACCUGCUGCAGCAAGUCCCCAACGCCCACCGUGACUGGGUCUGCGCGCUGGGCGUCGUGCCCGGCUCGCCGGCCCUGCUGAGUGGCUGCAGGGGAGGGGUGCUCAAGUUGUGGCACACGGACACGCUGGGGACUCUGGGGGAGCUGAAGGGUCAUGAGAGCCCCAUCAACGGGAUCGCCACCAACAGCAGCCACCUCUUCACCGCCUCUGAUGACCGGACCGUGAAGAUCUGGCGUGCGCGCGGCGGGCUGGACAGUGCUCCAGAGGCAGCCGACGCCGGGGACGAGGUGACCAGCAACUGAGUUCCCCUGAAGCCUCUUUAGAUGCUGCAGCCCUGCACUUUGACCCGUAACCCCCCCCCCCUGCACCUGCAAUGUGACCUUUAUGAGCCAGUCCCGUCUCACCACUUCGCUCAGACGCUCGGAGGGUCGGUGGCUGGUCCGCCCAACCCACAGCUCCAGUUUCUUGGGAUUGUUUUUCUGCAUUCAAUAUGCAAAUGAGGCAUGAAAUUAAAUACAUGCUAAUCUGCUUACAUUUCCAAAAUGAUGAUAACCAAACAAAAACCCUGUUAAAAAUGCUUGUUUCAUGAUUAUAUGUUUGAGUCUAAGGUUUUUUCAGUAGUAAUUUUCAAUCAACGUGAAAUAAGAUUAAUUACUGACAUUAAGACAUUAUUUACUUUUGGUGAAUUUAGUACAAAUCUACGGCCGCAAAUGGACGACGUAGUCAAAUAAAGACUUUAUAAUAGAGGCAAAUCAUAUAAUUAGAUUAUAGAAGCAAAAUAACCCCUAAAGGCAAAGUGUUUUUUUCCCUCGAGUGUCUCUCAUUAAACAAACAAGUUCACUUGAGACACACUACCCCCCCACCCCCCACCCUCUCACUUUCAGUCUAUAUGUUAAACUAACUGGCUGCAGCUGUAUCGAUGUUGUCAUGUAACUGUCAGAAAGCGAGCACGCCUCAACUAAUCCUUUCCCUGUAAUCCUUUCACUCUCGAGCACUUUUAGUCAUUGACGUGCACUCGUCGUCCAUGUGUGUGAAAGCGUAAUUUCUCUGGAAUCUUCUGGAUCUUCACUUCGUCGUCUUAACGCUACAAGAGGGCUCCUCGUCGCGGACCGAUCCUCAAGGAUGGGGGUUGAGGUGUGGGGGGGAGGGGGGUCUCUCCGCUGACGUCACCAUCCCCUCUGAAUGUUCGCUGAGCCAGCAGUCCUUAUUCAAGUACAGAUCUAAUGUGUGUAAACAAUGUAUUUAAACUAAAUGAAUGUUAGUUUUGUGGGACCACAGAGGGGUGAUUUGGGAGGGGGGGGUGGGCACGGAGCUUCUGCUCCAAUGAUGUGGCAGAUUGUGUUUAGAUUUCUCACUCUUUCUUUCUUGGUUCCGUUUGUCGUCCCGGGCGUAACCUCUGGGGUUCUAGGGUCCCCUGACGGCGGACUCUGUAGCGAUUCUAAUGUCAGACGCCUCGGUGAGAAUAAACGCUGUCUGGCAAAAACCAAA